CUCUAUAUUAACAAGGAUGGAUAGUGCGUUCCUUUGGUCAAUUGUUUCUUUAGUUUUGUUUUGGUCAGCGGUUAGUUCUAAUCCGAAUCUACCCGAAAUCAUUAAUGGAGAUGUGGCCGAAAACGCCGAAAAGCUUGCUGGAUUUCUUAAGUCUGAGAAUCUUGACGACAACUUAAGAUACUUGACCAAAUACCCUCAUGUKGCUGGAUCUGAGCGAAACAACGAGCUUGCACGAGAAAUAGAGAAACGGUGGCGAAGUUAUGGCUUUGAUGAGGUUCAUCAGACACGUUAUGAUAUUCUUCUAAGCCUACCCAACAACAAGCAUCCAAGUUCCGUGGGCAUUGUUGACRGGACAAACAAUAUGACAACAGUGUUUCAGCAGCAUGAGAAAGUUUUGCUACCAAACGAAACUUUACACGAGGAUGUGUUGCCUUCCUUCCUUGGAUUCACAUGUAAUGGAACUGCUCAGGGCAAAGUGGUUUAUGCUAAUUUUGGAACAGAAAGUGAUUUUAAAACACUCUCUGAUAUGGGGAUAUCCGUCAAGGGCCACAUCACACUCAUUCGACAAGGAAGAAUAUUCAGAGGAGAUAAGAUCAAAUAUUCUGCUGAAAAUGGUGCAAUAGGAGUUCUAAUCUACAACGACCCACAACAGUUUGCACCGGAGGGUGAAAAUAACACUUUUCCUCAUAAAUGGUGGCUACCAAAGAGUGGGAUACAACGUGGAGCGGCUGCUUACGACACGGCACCUGGUGACGUCGUGACACCCGGUUACCCUUCUAUCGAAGGCAUCUACAGAAUACCAUUGGAAAAAGUCAGUAAACCGUUAAUACCAGCACACGACAUCUCUUAUGAAGACGCCUUCACCAUACUCAAAAACUUAAAAGGAAAAAAGGCUCCCGAAAAGUGGCAGGGCAGUUUAAAAACUGACUAUAACAUGGGYCCAGGAUUUGCUGACAACACAAGUCAAGUUAAAAUGGACAUAAAGACAUUCCUUGUCACAAAACCGGUAUAUAACGUUAUCGGCACCAUAAAAGGAAAAGAGGACCCUGACCGCUAUGUACUCAUGGGUAAUCACAGGGAUGCCUGGGUAUUUGGAGCCAGUGAUCCUUCUAGUGGUACAUCAGUAUUAAUGGAGCUAUCACGUGGUCUAGGCGAGCUGUUAAAGACAGGUUGGAGACCACGAAGAACUAUCAUACUAUGUAGCUGGGAUGCAGAGGAACAGUUUGUCACAGGGUCAACCGAGUGGGUAGAAGACAACGCUGCCGUCUUAAAAAGCAGAGCCGUUGCAUACCUCAACAUAGACACUGCAGUUGGAGGAAACUUUUCAUUYAAUGUUGAUGGRAGUCCACUUUUACAUGAUGUAUUAGUUUCAACAGCACGAGAGGUCUUGGACCCGACCAGUAAGGAGCCAGGCCUUAGUCUCUAUGACGUCAUGCUUCAGAAAGAUGUUACUAAAAAUGAAAACGGCCAAGUCCAGUGUCAUAAUCUUGCGUUUGGAAGCGACUACGUUACUUUUUACCAUUUUCUUGGAAUCUCAUCCGGCGACUUCACGUACAUCUUUGGUGGGGUACACAAUAUACGACGAUCUUAUCCUUUUUAUCACUCCAUGUACGAUAAUUACUACUGGAUGAAAACAUUCGUUGAUCCUAACUUUAAAAUUCACCUAGCAGUGGCCCAGUACGCGAGCARGCUGCUCCUUAAAUUUAGUGAUUAUAAGAUCCUGCCAUUAAACUCGACAACCCUGGUYGAAUUGCUGGAAAAGCAGACUAAAUUACUGACUGAAAACACUGACCUCAAAAAGAACAACAUUGACACUUACUCUUUGGUAAAAGAAAUAGAAAAACUACGYCUUACAUCGGAUUCAUUUGAAAAACAAAAGGCUCUGGUCUCGACUGAAGAUGUACGCACCAUGAGAUCAAUGAAUGACCAGAUAUCCGGUCUGGAGCGUGCUUGGAUYAACGAUAUUCAGGAAUAUCCACAAAUUGUUUUUAGAAACAUUAUCUAUGGUCCAGACUGGACUAAUAUCUAUAAUGGACGCUACUUUUGGCGUGUCUAUGAUGCUAUUAAAUCGGCAAAGCUUGAUGGGAAGUGGGAUGAAGUUCGCAAGGAAAUUUCUGUUGUUGUUUAUGCGAUCAAAUCUGCUGCUAAAAUUCUUGGACCUGCAUACCUAGUAAACUGAUUCCAUUACCACUGACCAGUUGAAAAGACACAAAGACAACACAUUAAAGUCAUUUUUUUUUUGAAAUUCCAAUGGGCGGAGUUUCAAUCUAAACAUUAUGUAAAUUCCUUCAAUGAAAAGGUGCAGCUUGAUAUUUCUUAUUCAAUUCAGCAACAACUUUUCCUCCCCCUCAUUGGUCGAGAGUCAACCACGUGAUGCGAUAGUGCCCGCUGCGUUCGGAUACUACAGUAAAWAGAGCACGGCGUUUCAGAAAAUUUUGAUAGAGCACAGUAGAGCAGUUUAAUCCUGGGCAAUAUGCUGUAGUCGUUGCCCUUGCAAUCGGAAGCGUCUAUUUCAGGUGAACAUCUUAUUCAACAUGGGCUUCGCAAAUAAUUUUACUGCAGUAUUUAUGUAUUUACAAAUGUUCAUCGCUAUUGCCAUUGCAUGCAAUAGUAGUUUCGAGUGCUGAAUGUAGAGACUACAAUAUGGACUUGGAAAGCAAGUGUUGUAGAUAGUGUAGAUUUUAUAAUUAGUCAUAAUUUGUAACUAUCGACUUAAAAAAAGAAUUGGAGCAACAAAUAGCAUGUUUUUUUUUUGUUUUUACUAUAAAUUAACUGUACAAUGAUCU